AUGGGCAAGUCUGAUACUGCAUCGGUCUACUCGGGCAGGUCUUCGCUGCGGUCCAAUGUGACCGCGUCGACCAACUGCCACAUGCCCGGCAAGAGGAAGAGCCUCGCCAACAAGGCGCUCAUCUACCUUGCUGGAGGCAACCCUAUGCGUCACAGCCAUCUCAGGAAGGACGAGAUGGAAGACAGCACCGGGCACAAGAAGAUUGCCUGGUACUUUGUGGACUACGCCGGCUACGCCUACUAUGAGGCCUUUGAGUACGAGGACAACGAGUCCCAGUACAGCAGCAAGUCCAGGAAGAGCAAGAGCAAGCACCGCAGGCAUCGCUCCUCAUCCCGGGAGUCCUUCUCCAAGCCCAGGAGCAGGCGGGAUCCGGACGAGGAGGCUUCCAUGUACAGCAGCUCAGACUCGGACGGGGAGAGCGAGCCCGACUACGACAAUGAGGUCCCGCAAUUCAUGCCGCCUCCACAGCAUUUCCCCGGCCACCACCAAUUCCCCCCACAGGGACCACCUCCGGGCUUCGGACCCCAGAUGCAUCCCGGCUUUGGCGGUAUGCCUCCUCCGCCUCCUCCUCCCCCACCACAAGAGGCUGGUGGCACCCCGGACUUUUUUGUCAUCAAAUAA